GAAGCAGCACACCACCGCCGAAUAACCCGCACCUAUCCACGACACCGAGGGAGAGGAGCAACUGAUCCCCGACGCCCCAAAUGGCGCCUCCCCUCCUCCUCCUCCUCCUCGUCCCUCUCGUCGCCGCCACCGCACCGUGCGCCCACCCGGCCCACCCGAGCCAGCCGGCGUCGUGCGCCGCGGAGCCCGUGCUGGCGCCGGAGCGCCGGGAGGCGCACGGCGGGGGCCGCAUCCUGGACAUCACCCACUACUACCGGGAGGACAUGCCCUCGUGGGAGUCCGGCGCCGGGGUGGGCCAGUUCCUCUGGCUGCCCGCCUCCAUGCGCAACGGCUCCCUCGCCAACAACUCCGAGAUGCGGAUGCCCACCCACACCGGCACCCACAUCGACGCCCCCGGCCACGUCUUCCAGCACUACUUCGACGCUGGCUUCGACGUCGACACCCUCGACCUCGACGUCCUCAACGGUCCUGCACUGCUGGUUGAUGUUCCAAGGGAUGAAAAUAUUACUGCUAAAACGAUGGAAUCUUUGCAUAUUCCUAAAGGAGUUCAACGGGUACUUUUUAGAACAUUAAACACUGACAGGAACCUAAUGUGGAAGAAAGAGUUUGACACAAGCUAUGUGGGUUUUAUGAAAGAUGGUGCCCAAUGGUUGGUAGACAACACGGAUAUUAAGCUUGUCGGAAUAGACUAUUUGUCCGUUGCAGCUUUCGAUGACUUGAUCCCUUCACAUUUAGUUUUACUUGAAAACCGGGAUAUCAUUCUUGUGGAGGGCCUCAAACUGGAGAAUGUCAUACCUGGGAUAUACUCGUUGCAUUGCCUGCCACUUCGGUUGCGUGGAGCUGAAGGUUCGCCGAUCAGAUGCAUCCUUAUAAAGUGAAAGACAUUUGCAUCCCGCUGCGGCGGUUUAGUUUGAUACCGCAAGCACUUAUAUAUAAAAAUAGAAUGUGUAUAGCAGCAAAACUCGUGUCUUUGAUACCAGAGGAGUACUGUCAUGUGUCCAGAAACAUGGUGGCACUUCGAUGCUUAGUAAGGAGCGACAAACGGCUAGGGAUGCAAAUGUGUAGCCUCUAGGGUACCCUCCGAACCUUUAGUUGGGCUAUAGAAGGGAUGGAUUACAAUACAAACCGCAAUGUUCGGUGGUACCAAAAUACCAAAUGAAUCAUGCUACAUUGAAGAGUGUAGUUGAGUGAUCA